AUGAAACGCGUUCACUCGGAGUUAUACGCUCCUUACCGAUCUCUAGGAGUUGUAACCGGUGAUGUUAGUAAUUUCAAAGGCCUUGACACACAUUAAAAAAAUUUUCAGGUUUCACCGUCAGUUCGAUCUGUUUUCGUUGGCAAAAAAUCCACUUUAUCAAUUUUGUGUCCGGUCGACAACAUAAUUUUGCAUUACAAUGCGGAAAAGCUGCGCAUAGUUGGAAUGUCUAAUCCUUUGAGUGACAAAGUAAUUGCGGUCUCUUCAUCUAGCUCGUGAGUGCAUAUUGCAGUUUAUACUUAUGCCAGGACCUGUUCAGUCUUUAUGAAUAUAUCCUCUUCCAAUAAUCCGAUCGUACCCGCAGCUUGCAGGUUUCUUGGAUUAUAUUGAAGUAAACUCAGUUCAUCGUUAUUGUCCCUCGGUGUUUGCAGACUUUAGCCUAAAUGUUCGAAAUUAGGCUUGAAUAAGCGAACAUCGAGGAGGCAAAAGCGGUAAAUGGAAAGUAUCUUAGUUGCAUGGAAUAAGGACCAUUUUUUCUUCAUGACUUAUGGUUCCCAGUACAAGCCCAUUUAUUUGGAUGCCUGCUUACUCUAGGGAUAUGUGGGUAAAAGGCGGAAAAGGCCGAGUUAUACAAAAGUGAAACGAGUGAUGAAAGAGAAAAACUAAUUCACUUGAAGCGUAGAGAAAAGAGAAUAUUAUUUCAUCUCACGUUGCAGCGACCGUCUAAAGACCUCACAGAUUAACUUGUUGUAGGUGUGUCUAUGCUGCCUAUGGCAGCAAAGUCUCAUCUUUGCCAUUCUGUAGAGAAGUCAAAAGUACAGUUGAAGUUCCGUCUCCCAUCAAAAUAAUGACGCUGAUUGGUGAUAAACUGGUAAAACAUGACAGUUAGUUCUAUAAUAUCAUGAUCAUCUACAGAUUGCAGUGGACAGAACUUCAGGAAUAAAUGUGAUCGAAACUACGGAUAACCUGACGCCUUACUUGUUUAUAGAAGGCGGAAAUACUUUCGAAAUCACAUCAAUAGUUCAUCCUAGUACAUAUUUGAAUAAAAUUGUCGUAGCAAGCAAGGACGGACGUCUUCGGAUCGUGAAUAUUAGAACUGGCAGAGUGGUUCACGAAUUUUCGAGAAAUCUCGGUUCCAGUGUGACCAUUCUCGAACAAACAACAGCGAUCGAUGUUAUUGCUAUUGGAUUGCAGUCUGGCAAAAUCUUGCUUUACAAUAUCAAGCUAGAUAAAAUUCUCCACACUUUCCGGCAUGACUCAAGCAUCACAAAUAUUGCAUUCCGUGAUGAUGGAGUAUCCACUAUGGCUUCGGCGGAUGAUAAUGGAACCCUGGCUUUUUGGAAUCUGGAAAAACAGGAACUGAUUGGAAAAAUCGUGGGGAUUCAUUCGGACGCAGUGAACUGCCUCCAUUUCGUUGCAGGUGAACCGAUUAUGGUAUGGUUUAUUUCUAACGCUCAUACUUAAUCACACAUCUGAAAUCUAGAUUUCGGCUUCAAUUGACAACUCUCUAAGAGUGUGGAUUUUCGACAACAAUGAUCGCAUGCCUCGUGAAUUAGUCAAGUUAGAAGGACAUUCUCUAAGUGCUACAAGCGUUCAUUUCGUCAGUAAGACGCAGGUUUAAUAAAUUGACUUGAGCAUAAAUAUGUGAAUGAAAUACUUCAGUUGUUGUCCGCUGGAGUAGAUGGGUCGAUUCUCAAAUACGAUGUCAGUUCACCGACAAUGCGUCACAAAUUUGGAUCUGUUUCCGUAUCCUCUCGGUAAUUAUAUAUUUACCCUUAGCCCUUCAAGACUUUGAUGAAUAAGAUGACAUUUAACCAUGUAUUUUCUCAGAAAAAAAUCGGCCAGUGAAAGCAAAGAACUUCGCAGGCUUUCUGAUUUAGUGGUGGGAUGGCAAAGAGAGGCAGCGUGGAAUAAUGUGUUUUGUCGCCAAGAGUAAGUCUUACGCAUUUGAUUUUACAGAUACACUGUCAUUUUUUCCAGAAAUGACACGAAGAUAACAGCAUUUCAGUCAAGGAACAAUACACGGGGAUCUUUUGUGGUUGGUUCAGUAAAUUUUUCAUGUACUAAAACUAUUCAUAGCUGGAACAUGGUCGUUUCAAAAGCAAUGCAGAACUUGCCGGGGCUAGUGCCACUUCUCUCUGUCUUUCGCCUUGUGGAAAUUAUGUUUUCGUCGGUUACUCAACAGGUACAGUUGCGGAUUAUCUGUAUGAUAGAUUGUAAUUACAGGUCAUAUCGAUCAGUUCAAUGCUCAAAGCGGACGACACAUUCAUUCCUACACUUCCUCUGCCGAUCUUAUAACAUCGAAAAGAAUACAACACAACGCGAGAAAUGGGGAAAAAAAGUUGAAUAAGAAACACUGCACAGUGUCCAAUUCCAAGAUUACUUCUUUGUCGGUUGAUAAGCGGGGAAAAUCGUUGAUGAGCACUGACGAAGCUGGAAACAUCAUCUUCUGGUCACUUUCGACUCGGAAACUCAUUGCAAAGCUUUUUAAAAACUCGAUCAAGCUAGGGAUUAGCACGGCGAGUCCUGUUAACAGUCUUGUGGCGGUGGUGACAACUUCAGAAAACAGUUAGCAACAUAUCGACUAGCCCGAGACCGCUUAAUUUUUUUUAGAUGUGGACAACGUAGUCCUUAUCGAUACGGUUUGUCAUCAAGUUGUGCGAAUAUUCGAACAUGUUGGUGAAAAAAUAAACGCUCUUGCGUUUUCUUCAGAUGGAAGAUGGAUCUUAGUUGCAGACAAUCAGUCUCACAUCAGAGUAUGCUUGUCAUUUCAAUCAGACUGAUCGCCACGUUUUACAGGUUUUUGAUAUCUCUUCAUCCAAUUUGAUUGAUGUCCUGUUGUUUUCUAAGCCGUGCAUCUCGAUUUCCGUCAAUGAUUCUGGAGAAUUUAUCGCUACUGCUCACGAGGGAGAACGAGCAGUUUAUGUGUGGGCUAACAAAGCAAUGUUUUUGUCUCAAGUAAAUAUUCGGGUCUUUGACGAGAAAUUCGUUCCUUCAUGGGAAGCGCAAAGAAAUGCGCCGGAUGUUUGUAUUGACGAUGACGAAGAAGACAUUCUUGAUUUUGAAAUUCGCAGUUUGAGAGAGUUGCAGGUAUUUCGAAUGACAGUGAGUUGAUCAGGCUUAGGUGUUUCCAGAUUGAUGAAAACAUGAUCACGCUCUCCGGGUUACCCCGCUCGCGAUGGGCAAAUCUUCCGGAUUUGGCUCUUAUCAAAAAAAGAAACAAGCCAGAAAAUAUUCUUAGAAAAGCUCAUAAUACGCCAUUCUUCUUAUCUGCUGCACCAACAAUUGACGGAUUCGAAUUUCAAAAUGCUGACUCAUUCUUGUCAACGGAUUCCUCUGUUAAACACAUUCAAUCGAAGCGCAGUCUCUUAGAAGCCGAGACGCUGUUCUCUACUCUUCUCGGAAAGUAAGUGUGCCUCUCUUUUUUGCAGCCACAGAGCUUCAACUUUCAGGGCUAAAAACAAGGAUAAUCUUCUGAAUGCUUUCUAUAUCCUCAAGGAAAUGAGCGUUUCUUCGAUAGAUUUCCAAAUCCAAUCUCUAGCUCCCACCACUGUUCCUGUAUUUUUAAGAAUGUUGCUAGAGGUGGGCGCAUCCUUCAAUGAAUUUAGAUAACUCUAUUUAGGUGCUCAAAACAAAAACGGAUUUCGAUUUGGUUCAAGCUUUCACUGCUUCUGCACUCAAGGCUCACAGGUCAUUGAUUUGGAAGAACCAUAAAUCUCGGACAGACGGUCUUGAUCUUGUUAUUGAUGAGCUGACUGCAGUUGAAGAAACAUAUUGGGGAGAAUUAGAGAAGCUGUUUAUCGAAAAUACGUCAAUCGUCCGAUGGAUUAAGAAUGCCUUAGUUUAAUAAAUUUCUCUGAAUCAAAUUACAAUAUUGUUGUUGUUAUUUUUGUUGUUGUUUUCUUUCAUCAUUUUGAUUGUUCAGCAGUUGUUAUUUAUCUUCCAAACAAACGCGUUUUUUAAAAUUAUUUUUGUUGAUUUGUCAGUUCUCCGCCAGAUUCUGAGAAUCUAAAUUAAAUAUUUUACACGUGCGCGCAUUCAGUACUUCGAGUCGAUUGUCCCGCGGCCUUCGCUGUCGUCUUUGUUUUUGCGGCCGCGGCCAUCAUUUUGAAAACAACCGGACAGUUUACCGAUAUCCGAAAGUAGUCUGAAAUUUAUCGAAUUCAAUGCUGCGUUCUAUUUUUUAUGUUCUUUUUAGAGAUGCUGCGUUCUCUUGCAUAUUCGGUGACGGGGCAAGCUUUCGAUGUGACCAGUCAUGUUCUAGUUGCUACGACAGGACUUCUUAAGCAGCAAAGAGGACGAAGAAGAUCUCUUGCUCCCGUCCCAUGGCUUUCUCGAGUUCGAGAAAACGUACCACCCAGCGAAAUCGAAAUAAAAAAAGACACCAGGUUGGAUUUUUAAAAGCAAAAUGAGUAUAGCGCUACCUUCCGUAGCUGGUACUUUUAGUUUUCAUAACCCAAUAGUUGAAUGUGAAAGUAAUUGGGUGCGACUUCGAAAUAGAAAAUGUCUCGACAUAGAGCCGUUCGGAAAUAAACCAAACUAAACGAGAAAUUUCCUAGUUCGGAACAGUUCUUUUCCGAGACAUUUUCUCGAUGUCGCACCAGUAAUUGAGUACGGAAGUCAUCGAGUAACUGGGAGUCAGUAGAUAAAAAAAAAGUAAAUAAUCCACUUUGAGUAUUGGCCGUCCUACACGUUUGGCCCAACCUGUGUAUGGAAGUGUUUUAUACUCUUUCAUAUUCAAAUUUUCAGAAGCCUUCUAGACGCCGUUGUUGCAAGUGAAGCACUGUCCACUUCGAAGUUGAGUCCCCAUAACCUUCACAAAGCGGUGAUCACAGAUAUCCCGGAACAUACUCGUCGCGUAGGUUUGAUUGUACGUAAAAUUGGAAUGAUGCCACAAUGGACUACAAAUGGAACGCGAAUACUAUGCUCGCUUCUAGAAGUUUUCGAUAACCAUGUUGUCAGCGUAACGUCUCCGGAAAAUUGGUUUAAGUCUUCUGCAGUCGGAAAAAGAAAAGCGUUCAAUCGUAAUGGUGCCAUGUGGCGAGUUACUGUCGGCGCUGGAAACAGCGACCCAAACAACUAUUCCCUAUCUUACCGGCGCCAAUUUUUAAACUCUGGAACGCCAGUAAAAGAAAAGCUUGGAUGUUUUUUGGUGACGGAAGACGUUCUCCCUUCUUCUGGUACCCCGUUGGACGCUCGUCAUUUCACCGUUGGACAAUACGUUACAGCAACAGGAAAAUCGAUUGAUUGGGGAUUUCAAGUAAGUUGUUCACAAAAGCUGCAGUGUUCUAGCAUUGACUGUUUUUAUUAGGGAGGAAUGCAUCGUUGGGGAAUGCGAGGCCAGCCGACAAGAAGAACAACUAAAUCACAUCGAAGGAUUGGUUCUGUGGGAUCGGUUGGAGACGCAAGAAUUUGGCCGGGAAAACGAAUGCCGGGGCACAUGGGUCACGAAUGGAAGACUGUUAGCGGCUUGGAGGUGUUAAUGUAAUAAUGUACUCGCAACCCAUUGCAUUUUCUUAGAUCAUUCGAAUUAAUAUCGAUAAGCAGGUUAUUUAUGUAAAAGGGUCUACACCAGGAGACAUUGGAGAAAUUUUGUUGCUCAAAGAUUGCUUACAAGAAGGAAAACGAUUGAAAGUUAAAUGAAUUGCAAUCCAUGGUUUAAAGUGACCUAAAACUUCAGAGUGGCCCAGUACCGACUUGGACUCCAUCACUUGAAUCAAUCCCUGAAUUGACUGAAGAAAAUGGCUCAAAUAUCCCCAAGGAACUUCUGUUCAACGAGAUGUUCAGUCCAAAGCUAUUCCGGUUCACAUCACCAUCAAUUGUGUUCACGGACGCUGAUGCCAAAAAGACUGCCGGAAGAGACAAAACUAAAGCAAAAAUUGCCAAAGUAAAAAAAUAAUUUCUACGCCAGGACUUAUUUCACAAGCAAUAUCCGCUAGUUGUUUAGGUUAUCAGCUUUUUGUUAAACUCAAUUUGUCAGUCUUUCCCCUCGGUGUUUGCAAAAUCAAGCCGAAUUUUUUGAAAUUAAUCUUGAGUACGCAGUACUACGCACUAAUCUCAGAGGGACAAGAGCGAUAAACUGACAGUGUAAUGUUUUUUUCUUAUUUUCCAUAAAUUCACUGCGUUUUGCAGUUUCACAGCUAUUCCGAUAUAA